GAGAACGAAAUACGUAGUUGAAAUGAAAGUGGAUGUGUGUGGACAUGAUGAAAGAAAACACAAAAACAGAAAAAUCAUGAAAUUUUGAUAACUAAAGUGAUCCUCAAGUGUAUAUAAAAUGUGUAUAAAUGUGGAUGAGUGAUAAAUUUGUGUGUAGUGGUUGAAAGAGACUUAACUGUAAUUUGUAAACAAGGAUUUAGAACAUUCGUGGAACCAAAAUGGCUGAUUAAUGUACUCUUUGUCCGUAUGCCAGUAUGAAAGUUGAGUCUGUCGCAGAAGAAAAGAAUAUUGUGAGCGGUUCCAUGACAUGUUUAUCCAAUCCCAGCAUUUGGUCCCAGGUAGUAGUACAAGCAGUGUUGUGUCAAGCCAUUCAAGAAAACGUAAAGCAGAUUUUUACACGUCAUCUUCAUCCGGUGGCAGUGGAAUCGCAGCUGGUAUACAACAAAUUAUCAGUGGCGGUACGUCGGGCAAUGACGUAUAUUUGCCCACAAAUUCAGCCCACACAGUAACUAGUUCUAGUCAAACGGAUCAAAACCAUGUUAGUCCCAUCCCGGGUUCCAAUAAUCAGCAGCACUUGUUCAUCAGACCGUCCACAAUCAAAUUACUAGACGGCUAUCAGCGGAGCGGACAAAAAAGAAAAGCGUGGUCGCCAAAAGGUAAUGGUGAUAGCGGGGAAUCUGUUACACAUUCAGAUUGCAGAAGUGCAACAAACACGACGGCCCACAGCAAGGUUUCAGCGGCUCCGGGGGCUAACCCCCAGCCGCAAGGUAAGAAAAAAUCAAGUUCAGGUAGUGGCGCAGAUGGCGACUACCAGCUCGUUCAACAUGAAGUCCUUUUUUCUAUGGCUAACCAAUAUGAGGUGCUCGAAUUCUUGGGUAGAGGAACCUUCGGCCAAGUGGUUAAAUGCUGGAAAAAGGGCACUAACGAAAUUGUCGCCAUUAAAAUCCUCAAAAAUCAUCCGUCUUAUGCUAGACAGGGUCAGAUAGAGGUCAGCAUUCUGUCAAGAUUAAGUCAGGAAAAUGCUGAUGAAUUCAAUUUCGUUCGAGCAUAUGAAUGUUUCCAACACAAACAUCAUACCUGCCUGGUUUUCGAAAUGUUGGAGCAAAACUUAUACGACUUCUUGAAGCAGAAUAAGUUUAGCCCCCUGCCUCUAAAAUACAUAAGACCGAUCUUACAACAAGUACUGACAGCGUUGCUGAAAUUGAAGCAACUUGGUCUGAUACACGCUGACCUUAAACCAGAGAAUAUAAUGUUAGUAGAUCCGGUCCGUCAGCCAUAUCGAGUGAAGGUGAUUGAUUUCGGUAGUGCCAGUCAUGUGAGCAAGGCAGUCUGUAAUACUUAUCUCCAGUCCAGGUAUUACAGAGCACCAGAGAUAAUACUUGGACUACCUUUUUGUGAAGCCAUCGACAUGUGGUCCCUAGGAUGUGUUGUUGCAGAACUUUUUCUUGGAUGGCCUCUAUAUCCAGGAAGUUCUGAAUACGACCAAAUCCGCUAUAUCAGCCAGACACAGGGUCUCCCUACAGAGCAUAUGCUGAACAAUGCUUCGAAAACAACUAAAUUUUUCUAUCGGGACAUGGAUAGUACAUAUCCUUUCUGGCGUUUGAAGACUCCCGAAGAACACGAAGCGGAGACCGGGAUCAAAUCCAAAGAAGCCAGAAAGUACAUUUUCAACUGUUUAGAUGAUAUCGGGCAAGUCAAUGUUCCCACUGAUCUUGAAGGAGGUCAGUUACUUGCAGAAAAAGUUGAUCGAAAAGAAUUCAUCGAUCUUUUGAAACGGAUGCUUACAAUGGAUCAGGAGCGUCGUACGACACCAGGAGAAGCUUUGAACCAUCCAUUUGUCCGUUUAGCUCAUCUAGUUGAUUACGCACAUUGUAAUAACGUAAAAGCCAGUGUUCAAAUGAUGGAGGUAUGUCGAAGAAAUGAUUUUAACAGUUCCUCAACUACAACCCAUCAUCAACAACCGCAGCAGGCACCUUCCCUUGUAGCUAAUUUUGUUCCUAGCUCAAAUGGGAAUGUGACGUUUACCAUUAACAAUCAAUUAACUAACCAGGUCCAAAGACUUGUUCGUGACCGAUCUGGUUAUGAUAAUUUGUAUCAGAUCUAUAAUGGUAGAGCUGUUGGUCGUCAAUAUGCCACAAGUUCUAGGGCUGACCCUUUCCAGCAUCAGUUAGUAUCAAGUAUACUAUGUCCAGCUGGAUAUCAAGGUAUGGGUGGGUCGCCUGCUAAACACGUAACAGUAGUACAGCAACCGCAGAUACAGAUACAACCACCGAUACUUGGUCAGACUGGACAGCAACAGUAUGUACCUGUUAGUGUCGUUGAGCCAAGUGGACGCCAAAUGCUUUUGACAAAUGCUGUUCAAACGACGUGGCCGACGAGUCGCCAACAGAUGGCGAUCGUAUCGUCUUGGCAACAGCUGCCACCUCCCCAUACGGCCAUCCAACAGCCUCUGCUUUCGGAGGCCGAAUGGGGAAGGCCUCUUCUUGUCGAUUCUUCAGCCAUACUGCAGGAACAACGCCCAGUUUUUCCUGUCGAUGUGGCCGCAGAAGUUUACAAUUCAGGAAUGGUGGAUCAUGGAAGUACUUCUUGGAACACUAGCAAGAGAAGCUCCAAGAACCAUCACAUGCAGCAAAAUAGCUCUCAUCAUCUCCAGCAUCAUCUUAUGAUCCCAUCUCACCAUCGUUCACACGACAAAAAAGAACAGACACAACUGAGUCCUGUGAAGAAGCGAGUCAAAGAGAGCUCGCCACCUGGCGAACAAAUGAAUCCUUACGCCUCCACCAGCAGUAGAAGAAAUCAUAGUCCAGCUGGCUUGCAAUGGCACCAGACAGUUCAGCCACAGAGUCAGCAAAACGAUCACGGAGAUCACAGAUCCGUUUAUCAUCAGCCUGUAGCAAGUUCUAGACAGCACACGAUUACAAUUCAAGACACGCCCUCACCUUCAGUAUCUGUGAUUACUAUAUCUGAUAGCGAGGAGGAGGCGUCACCCGGCAAGAAAGUAGGGACCAACCGUCAUUCACAAACAGUGACCAGUAUUCAGCCGUCAUCUCAACAUCACAACACCAGCCACGGUCAUCGUAAGAACGUUAUCAGUUGUGUUUCAGUUGGUGAUAGCGAUAAUGAAGAAAGGAAUUCAACGAAGCCGCAUCAUCAUCAGCACCACAGUCAAUACAAUAAUAACCACCACACUCAACAGCAGCCCCACCUUCAAGUGGUCAAGAACGAACCAAACUCCUCCCAUUCUUUUUGUUCACAGUCCAACGUUUCCGUUCCAUCUUCGACCAAUAGCUAUGUUGCUCCGGCUUCCCAAAAGAAAAGGCUACUUGCCAAGGCUCAAUCGGAAUGCAUACUGAACGUUCCACCUAAGCAAGAACCGUGCGAAUAUCGUAACGAGUACGAUCAGCAUUGUUCUUCGGCUUGUAGAGAUACAUCUGCCACGAACAAUCAUCCAAACUAUCACUAUGGCAGUCAAGAACAUCCGGGAUAUUCUGGAUCCUCGUCUAGGUAUUCAGAUGUAAAUUUGAAAAGCGAUUCGCCUCUAAGGGACUGUUCUCUUUAUAGUAACGAUAAGAGAGUGUCGUGGGCUCCACCUACUGCUCAUAACCCCAACUCUCAUGGGAAUUGUAGUAAUGGUAGUUCGCAUCGGCGUCAUUCUGCUGUUCCAGCGGUGAAUUUGAGGGAUUACAGUAUACCAAGCUCGAGUCACAAGGAGUAUAUACAACCGCCAGCCGCUCAUACGUCGAGGGACACAUUGACAAUUGGAAGAGAGCAUUUGUUGGCCCCGGCAAAGAACUGGGGGCCGUCACAGGCUAUCCAUCAGUCCUACAGGCACAGCAACUCUCAUUUGUCACCGCAGCCAUUGGGUGGUGCACCUAGAUUAUCGCCUCAGCAUCCUCUUGCUGCUGCUGGACAACCUCUCUAUCAUCAGACAGAAUUAUACCGGCGACCAGUUUAUGUAACUACUACCCAGCCUGCUUACAUACCUACCACACAUCAGGUUGCACCUAAUGGCCGUGCUAUACCACCUCCAGCACAUCAUGCAAGUGCUAGACCUGUAUUAGCUAGCCAUGCCACACAUCCGCUACCUGCUCACAUGCAGUUUCCAUCUCAUGCUCAGGUUGCUGCAGCCCCAUACGGUUUUGCACCAUUGAGCCCAGCGAAAAAUCGUCAAUUUCAGCCAACCAGCCUUUGGUUUGCAGAAUAAAGAGAAAACUCUUUGAAGUUUAUUCUGAACAGUCGUAUGUAGAAAUAAGGACUACAUACCACUUUGAAACGACGUUCUUCUUGAUUUUAAUCUCUGGAAUACCAUAGAGGAGGGUUAUUUAGCAAUUCAAUCGAUUUUAUCAAAAACUAUGAUCAAAUCGAUUGUUUGAUUCUAAUCAUUAGUUUUUUAUGUGAACAUAGUUUAAUUUGUAAUUUUUCAACAACUAACAAUUGAGUUGAUUGGGUUUUGUUCAAGACAUUUUCGUUUUUUUCAUUGCCUUAUAAUUCUCCCUGGUGUUUUGAUUUUAAUUAAUGUUAUUCGACUUCUAAUGUAAUGUUUGUGCAAUCUUUGUUAGUUGUCAUUAUAUAACGCAACUAUUGUAGACAGUUUGUAUAUUAUUGGAAGGAUGAUCACCAGUUAGAAGACACUUGAAAACACUUUUUGAAAUUCAAUCAUAAUUCCAUCUCAUUUCAGAAACUUACUAGUCGUUUUUGAGAAAUAUCAAUAUUCUCGUUUUUUGUUUCUAGUCAAAUUUACUUUAAAUCAAUAAUGCAUCGUUGUCGUCUUUUUAACUGGUUUCCCCUUUCUUAGUUUUGUUGUUCAAUUUUGUUGAUAUAAUUGUUCGCGAUUAUCUAGACCAUACCGGUAGUGUUUUACUUCUGAAUGUAUCGUCUCAUUUGCGAGUAUAUUUGUAAUUUGAGAUUUUAGAUCUAUUAGUUCGCUUAUAAUAACUUAUUGUAUUAAUAUUUUAUGGGUUUUUAGGGGUCAUACUAUAAUAAUGGCAUACAGGGUGUUCCAGUGAAGCCUAUUCGCUGAAGAUUGAAACAUUUUGAAAUUAGUAUUAGCUUUUAAAGUGUUGAUUUAAUGCGCCGAAUUCGAGAGAUGAAUCUGAAAAUUAUCGGAAUAACGAAUUAUUUUCAAAUUUUUAUAUCAAUAAUUCAUUUGAAUGAGAUAACAGGUCUGACUAAAAUGAUUGAAGAUACAAAAACUGAAUUUUAGAGCACACUGUAUGUUUUUCAGUAACGCUACAAUUUUCAAUAUAUAAAACUGCCUUAUCAGAGAAAAACUCAUGCAUUUUUCAGUCACUAGUUUUAUAGUGAAGUAGUUUUUGGAAUAUAUAUUAUUUUGUUUCUUCAUUGUAAAUAGUUCAUUACUUCCAGAUAGUUGAGGUUCUCUUAGAGUCAUGAUAUUUAUUUACAUGAUAUCAGUUUGAUUAAAAUCCUUGCAAACUGAAUAUUAUAUUUAUAUUGAAGCUAGCUUUUUUAUUUUGAUUUGUGAAUUUAAGUAAUUUUGUUCAUUUCAUUUAGCACUUACCGAUUCUUUAUCCUCUUUAUUUUUAUCUUAAAUAUAUUUCUUUUUUAUAUUUGACUGUAAAAGGUGGGAGAAUGUUUUUUGGAGAUGAUUUUUACCAAAAUUGAUUUGAACGAAGCUUAAUUUGAUAAAUUUUGAAUAUAGCGAUUGACGAACAUUGUAUCAAAUUUUGAAGUGCUUCAAAUCAGUUUAUCAAAUUUUAAAAAGUUCGAUUAUACCUGAUAUUAACUAAUUGGUUAUAAUUUAGUUUUAUUUUCAGUGGGAUUGCCUCUGAUUGAUUUACAUCAAGUGUGAUUACGAAUAGGUUUAGUCUGUUGAAAUUUUGAUGUGCCUGUAUUCUUGACUUUAGUGCGUAGGCUCUAUGUUUGACGUUAAUGAUACGCACUGCAUGUUUCUCAGAAAAUAUUGUUGAUUGUUUCUCGACGUCAAUAGAGUUAUCGGCAUAAUAUAGUUGUGAUAAUUAAAAAGAAUUAAUGGUAGGUUUAUUGUAUAUAUUCAGAUGGUUAAUGUUUCGAAACACUAUUUGAACGUUAAUCGGGUCUUCCGUUUGUUGAAGAUUAUUGACGAUUUUUCAUCCACUCUGAAAAAUUAUAAUUUUAUUUCGUUGUUUCGUGAAUUUUCAGUCUUCCCAAGGAAAAUUUCAAUUCGAAAGGAAUGUUGAAAUGAUAAAGGUGAAGGGAAGUACAUAUUUUAUCCAUUUUGAUUAUUUCAACAUUCGCCGAGUAUGAUAAUCAUCUAGUUAUAUCAAACUAAUACAGGAUAUUUUUAUUUUAGUGUUUCCUUACAUCAACCUUCGAUCCUAGUUUAGAUGGUUUUUAUAUCUCAGUAGUGGUUUCAUGUUUAGUAAUCUGGUAAUUGUACAAAUGAAUAAUAUUUUUGGAUUGUGUAGAAUAGAAAAAGUGAGAUGAUUACUGAAUAAUAUUAGCAAUUAACUGUUCUGCUUUAUAAUUUGAAUUAAUAUUUCCAACUUUUGUAAUACGCAAGUUGUUGUAUAGAUUUUCUUACACAAAUGAGUUCCUCAAGAUAAAACUUUUUGUUAACGCUCAACCAUCUCUUCAGAUACGUAAAGGAUGCGUGUUGAUGCGGAAAUUUUCUGUGAUCGAUUUGAAUUUGUAUAUAGUUUUCAUUGUCUCUAAACAGCUAAUUAACCAAGGUCUCUACUGAUCAAGAAAUUCACCGAGGUAAAUAAACGACAUAUCAAAAGUAUUAAAUUAUGUACUCUAUUCAACACACCCAUCUGAAUUCAUAAAAAUUCAUUCAUCGAUACUUGGGGACCAUUUUUUGAUCAGUAGGGAUUCCGGAAAGGUUACGUCAAUAUUAAACUGAAUUUUCCAGGUUAAUUCUGAUUCCUUUGAAUUUUGUGUAUAUUGGACAGUUUUAUGAUUCUUUAACGAUUGAAAUAUAGAAUGAUAGGUUCUGAAAGUAUUGGGGACUGUUUUCUACCUGUUUUGCAGAGUUCCAUCAGAAUCGAUGCCUACACACUAAUUUUAUUCUUUUCUAAACAGUUUCAUUUAAUCAAAUAAAUAUUCAAUUGCAGUGUUGUGUUGAAAUAAUUUCUCUUCUAGCUUUGAUCCGGUGGUCAUGAAAAAUCUGACUGAGAUCAAAUGAAUUGAAGCUUUUUUUUCGUGUGGCUAUUCUAAUCAGUUCAUAAUCUUAUAAUGGCUAUUAGAACAUGAAUAUAUUAUAUAGACAUAUAUUGCCUUAUCAACAGAACAAUACUGUAGAUAUUAACUUUUAUAAUUUCUUCUCCAAUCUCUCAAUGCACAGGGUUUUAAAUAUAUAUAUUAAAUAGAUGUUUGUCUCUAUGACGCAUCAUAUUGAAUUUUAAUGAUAAUUCAGGAUAAUUAAUAAAUUCUGUUGGGCAACGAAUUUUUGAGUUAGCAUAUAUUUUGAGAUUGUAUCGUAAAUUUUCCUCCGUUUAAAAUCAAAAUUUUCGCAAAGAUAUAAUCGUAUAGAUCUAAAAAAAUUCAUAAUGUUACCCAAACACCCUUGAUUUCAGCACAUGUAUUUUAUAUCUGAUAGAUAUGAAAUAAUUGUUAAUUUUGUUCAUUGCAAAAUUUCCAAUAGUCAAAAAUGUGCCCCAUUUAUGCAAAAUGAUAUAGAAAGAAGAAAUUAUUCAUUUAUAGACAAAAACACUAAUAACAAAAAUGUUCACAAUUUAACAAAUAAAAAGAUAUCUUUAAAAUUCAUAAAGAGAAAAAAGCUUUUGCCUAAUUAGUUCAUUAUGUAUAUAUUCUAUGGGUUGGUUAUUUUUAAGUUACCAAUUUCUAUAUAUUUAUAUAUUGCUAGAAACGCUUAUUAAAAUAUGUUGAUGGUAGUGGUUUCACAUAUUGCGAUUAGAUAUAAAUUACGAUCACUGAAUGGAAUAUUUACUGAAAUCAAUUAGAUAUUUUACAUUUUAAGACACGUGCAACACUGAAAACAUUUUGUUGUAAAUUAUAUAUAAUAAACUAAAGAACUUAACAGUAACAUAUUUUUUGCCUUAAAAUCUUACUUUUGAACCAAUGAAUAAUACCACCUAAAGUCAAUAAUUUCGCGUUUUUAGAAAAUGAACUAUUGAAAAUUAUUUUUAUACGAAGUUUGGAUUUUCAUUUCACACACUAUUAUGAUAUGAAUACUUAUAGGAUUUCAAACAUGAUUUGCUAAAUGGUAUUUCAUAAAUAAUUUCUGAGUUCACUGAAUUUGUAGAUGUUUUCAUUGUAUAUCCAUAAGACUGGAAUAGUUCAUGUCAAUAUAUAGCUAUCAUAAUGAAGGUGUGAGAGUAUUUACAAGAUUUUAAUAUUUGAUUCCUAAAUUUCAUUAGUGUAGAAUAGAAAAAGAGUCUUUAUUAUAUGUGACUACUAAUACAUUAGAACUAGACAAAAAUUAAAAAGUGUGAUGUCUAUACAAGUAUCUUCAAUAUUGUCAAAUGUUUUCAAAAAUAGCAUUAGCUGUUUGAGCUUUUAGUCCAAAUGUUUUGUGAACAUUUAACACAUAUACCUAGUUCUUUGAGAUUUUUAUAUUUCAACAAAUCCCUUGAAAUUUUUUGAGAAAAAUAGUGCUGAAUUUUCCUUAGUCUAUCCACUUGGGAAAUGAUGUGAAAUUAUAAAAUAUUAUCACAUAGAUAAACGAUUUGGUCCUUUUCAAAAGAUCUUCAUUUUGUAUGCUGCUAAUGGAAACAGUAGACAUAUCAUUUUUGAAGUAUUGUAGUAUAAUUUAGUAAAGUUCGAAUUAUUUGUAAUUUUUGCAAAUAUUCACUGAAAACAUUUUUAAAUAUUUUAUAGUGCCUUGAUAUUCAUGCUAUCUUCUGAUCGAAGCUUGAAUAUUUGAUUCAUGCAAUUCUCUUUAUUAAGCUAUAACUUUCAUAAAUUUUGUUAGUGGUGAAACAUAAAAAUUUUGCUGUGCUCGAGUUGAAUUCCUUAAGAAAAAACUGAAUUUAUCUCAACUGAUCAUAGGAAUGAACAAACGAAAUUUUGUAACAUACAAAUUGGUAAUAAUUGUGCAAUAAUUAAUUUUUCAAAUAACUAUCGAACAGAAAUAUUUGCAAAAUUUAAUUUUUUAAAGUGAUCAUUAGCAGGGUACACUGUUCUUGUGAUUAUUUAUAAACGUCCAUUUAAUCAAAAUCCCAGAUAUUUGCGUUAGAAUUAAGGGAUACUUCAGACUGAUCAGUUACUGAGAACUUUCGACUGCACCUAAUAAUGAAACUGACUGUAUUAAAAAGUAAUUAAAUUAAUUGUUAACCUGCCACAAAAUAAGUUGGACCAAAAUGGAUUUUAAUGUUAAAUUAACUCAGUGUUUUUACUAUAAACUAAAAUAGAAUUAAUUGUUAUUUUGGCCUGAAAAAUUUGUAACUUAUUAUAGGGAUAAACUGCAUGUAAUAUAGAUUUGAUGAUUGUAAAAAGCUUUCAUAGAAUUUAACAUAUUACGAUAUUUUAGUAUGUUUCUCUAAUAUUUGGAUAAAUGUUGCCUUUAUAUCUCCCAAUAUCUAUGAACUUUCAAGAUUGUCACAUAAUUCAAUUGUGUUUUAUUGAGAUAAUAAAGUCUAUAAAAGCAUUGAAAA